GCUGAGGAGAUCGGGCGGGCGAGGGUGUGGCGGGGCCGUCGCGGCGGUUGGCGAGGUCACUCCAGGUCGGACGGAGGUCACGCGAUCCAGGAGCUGGAGGCUCUUUGGUGUGCGCGGCCCAGGGAUGGCCAGUCCGGGUAGGGGGCGCAUGGCGGCCUCAAAGCGGAGGGUCCCAGUGUCCCAGCCGGGCAUGGCUGAUCCCCACCAGUUUUUCGAUGACACGAGCUCAGCCCCGAGCCGGGGCUAUGGAGGCCAGCCGUCGCCUGGUGGUCUGGGUUACCACGCCCAUUCCUCCCCGCCUGAGGCAGCCUUCCUGGCCGACCCUGUGUCCAACAUGGCGAUGGCCUAUGGGACCAGCCUGGCCGCCCACGGCAAGGAGCUGGUGGACAAGAACAUCGACCGCCUCAUCCCCGUGAGCAAGCUCAAGUACUACUUCGCCGUGGACACGGUGUACGUGGGCAGGAAGCUGGGCCUGCUGGUCUUCCCCUACCUACACCAGGACUGGGAGGUGCAGUACCAGCAGGACACCCCGGUGGCCCCCCGCUUUGACAUCAACGCCCCGGACCUCUACAUUCCAGCUAUGGCCUUCAUCACCUACAUCCUGGUGGCCGGCCUCGCACUGGGGACCCAGGACAGGUUCUCCCCAGACCUCCUAGGACUACAGGCGAGCUCGGCACUGGCCUGGCUGACUCUGGAGGUUGUGGCCAUCCUGCUCAGCCUCUACCUGGUCACUGUCAACACCGACCUCACCACCAUUGACCUGGUGGCCUUCUUGGGCUACAAAUAUGUCGGGAUGAUUGGUGGGGUCCUCACGGGCCUGCUCUUUGGGAAGAUUGGCUACUACCUGGUGCUUGCCUGGUGCUGUGUGUCCAUCUUUGUGUUCAUGAUCCGGACGCUGCGGCUGAAGAUCCUGGCCCAGGCGGCGGCCGAAGGGGUGCCGGUGCGCGGCGCGCGGAACCAGCUGCGCAUGUACUUGACCAUGGCGGUGGCGGCCGCGCAGCCGCUGCUCAUGUACUGGCUCACGUUCCACCUGGUCCGCUGAGCGGCGGGCGCGGCUGCCCCUCCCCCCGCCCGCCCCGGGCCUCCCCCCAGCCUCGGUGCUCCCGUCGGCCGCGCCCCACCCGCGACAAUAAAGCUGACGGGCUCGGCGCCGCCUCCGCUCCUGGCCGCCGGGGGCGCCGGGGGCGCGGCGGGCGGCAAGUUUAAUGAGUCA